AUGGCUUCGUCUCCCAUCAUCAUCCAGAUCCUAGACAAGCCCGAACACGACGGAAUCGUAGCGCAAUCCAAGGACAUGCCGACAGUAAUCUACGUCUCGAAUUCCGUCUUGCCGGCGUGCAAGGCCUUCGGUCCGAAGUUUCACGCACUGGUCGAGCAAUGGUCGCCGAGGGGGAUUCGCUUCUGCCAGUUGGAAUUCACCGACAAGACGUCGAUGAUGUUCAAAUUCGCGCCGAACCAAUUGCCCGUGACCGUCUUCAUGGUCCAUGAUAACUGGUGUAAGACGGUGAUGGGCGCGGAUGCGGCAGCCAUGGAGAUUGCUCUGGGCGAGCUGCUGGAGCAGGAUAAGAAGGCGGUCCAAUCUUAG